AUGCCGUAACAAGAAUAAAUAUAAGUACCAAUCGAAUAUGUGCGAAUGAUACGGACAUAAUGUUUGGCGCAAAUUUAUCAAACGUCGAACGGAAGCUCGGCGAUGCGCGCAUCUCAAACCGCAUCCCGUUUCACUCCGUCCUCCAAUCGCCUCCGACCUCCGACCAAGUGGACCUCCGUCCGUACCAUACCUCAGUUCAGUCAGUCUGUCUGUGCAUAUUGGAACGUACGGACGUACGUCGCCGCACCGCGCUGCCAGGACGCGAGCUUUCGAAUUUUACCUUCCUUACCUGUGGAUUUUCAGUGACAUGUGUUUUUAAAAAAAAUUACACUAUUGUGUUUUAAUUUUGGAUUAGCUGUGUUCCAUUGUGGAGUUCACAGUUCCGUGGUAAACCCAUACUCAAGGUCCCUUUGAUUAGAGGUCGCCCGUAAAGACGAAGGAUAUUAUAUCAGUCAAUUGACUUAUCUCCAAAUUCGAGAUUCUGAUCUACAGAAAUUAAAGAUUACGAGAGGCUGCCAAAUCUACAUAAUCUCAAUACUUUAAAAAUUUAAAGUACAAAAAGAUGGACGAGAAAUGUUUAAGACAGUGUCGGAAAUGAAACAGAAGACGCGGAAAAAAGUUGCAAAGUAUUGGCAAGGAAGUGCGAGACUGUAGCCAAAACGGUCACCAAAGACAUGUGAAAUACAUUAGAAGAAACAGAGAAACUUUCAUAUCCAAUAAAGCAUAUCUCAUUGAAGUUUGAAGAUAUCACAAAACAUAUCUCAUUGUUUUAUACUAGUCACCUUUUGUGAUUAUAGAUAGUAAAAUUGUAUUGCUCAAAUUCAACUAUUCAGUUAAGUACUUUUAAAUUUUUAAAUGACGAACCUGUCACUAUAAAUCUAUCAUAUUCUAUAGCAGAAAGAAAGAGAAAAUAAAAGGUUGAAAUGAAAUAUUUUACCAUGUUCUUCUUGAGAAGACGUACAUUGAUUCUCAAGGCAGUUUUGAUACUAACAGCAUUAUGGUUUAUGGUAGCAUUACUGACAACAAAUGGGGGAUCGAGAAAUGCAAUUGUAGCUCCAGCAGUGGAGUACGAUGAUGCUGAAGCCAAACCAUUAAAAAUAGCCAAACCUACUCCUGUGAAAAGAAAAAGUGAAUCCUAUGGAAACAACUUAUCCGAUGCACAAACGCGUGUCAAUUGGAUUGGUCGUCUCAUGGGAGAUGAAGGACUAGGUGUAAUAGCUGCCCCUGGCUCGGACAACGCUCCCGGCGAACUCGGCAAACCGGUCGUACUGCCCAAGAAUAUCAGCGAGGAUACGAAAUUGGCAGUUUCCGAAGGAUGGAAAAAGAACGCGUUCAACCAAUACGUUAGCGAUCUCAUAUCGAUUAGAAGGAAGUUGCCAGAUCCGAGGGACGAAUGGUGCAAACAGCCAGGUAGAUAUCUAGAAGAUCUUCCGCAGACAUCUGUAGUUAUAUGUUUCCACAAUGAAGCGUGGUCAGUUCUACUCAGAACAGUACAUUCUGUAUUGGAUCGAUCACCGCCACAUUUAAUAAAGGAAAUUGUUCUUGUCGACGAUUUUUCUGAUAUGCCACAUCUAAUGCAACAACUGGAUGACUACAUGUCCUCCCUUCCUAAGGUUAGAAUAGUACGAGCGCCACGUCGUGAAGGCCUUAUAAGAGCUAGAUUACUCGGAGCUCGAUACGUCACUGCUCCGGUACUAACUUAUUUAGACAGCCAUUGUGAAUGUACAGAAGGUUGGUUGGAACCACUAUUGGAUAGAAUAGCUCGCAACAAAACUACGGUUGUAUGCCCUGUAAUUGACGUUAUCGAUGAUAAUACACUUGAAUAUCACUAUAGAGAUUCGUCGUCAGUUAACGUUGGUGGAUUUGAUUGGAAUCUACAGUUCAAUUGGCAUCCGGUGCCAGCGAGAGAACGAGCUAGACAUCAUCAUACAGCUGAACCAGUUUGGUCUCCAACAAUGGCUGGAGGUCUAUUUGCUAUUGAUAAAGAAUUUUUUGAAAGACUAGGAACUUACGACAGUGGUUUUGAUAUUUGGGGCGGUGAAAAUCUGGAACUCUCAUUCAAGACUUGGAUGUGUGGCGGAACGCUAGAGAUAGUCCCUUGUUCGCAUGUAGGUCACAUAUUUAGGAAACGUUCACCUUAUAAAUGGCGUACAGGAGUUAAUGUACUAAAGAAAAACUCAGUUCGUCUUGCCGAGGUAUGGCUAGACGACUACGCUAAAUACUAUUAUCAACGCGUUGGUAACGAUAAAGGAGAUUACGGCGACAUUACAAGCAGGAAAAUGUUAAGAGAAAAACUGGGCUGCAAAUCCUUUGAAUGGUACUUGAAGAAUAUCUACCCUGAGCUUUUUAUUCCUGGGGAAUCAGUUGCCCAUGGCGAGAUCCGAAAUGUUGGCUUCCAAAAGUUGUGUUUGGACUCGCCGACACGCAAGUCAGACCACCAUAAGCCCGUCGGUCUAUACCCGUGUCAUCGGCAGGGAGGAAAUCAGUAUUGGAUGUACUCCAAAAAUGGUGAAAUACGGCGAGACGAAACAUGUCUCGAUUAUUCGGGACAUGACGUUGUCUUGUACCCCUGCCAUGGUGCCAAAGGCAAUCAGCUGUGGCUUUAUGAUCCUAAUACAAAGUUACUAAAACACGGUUCCAGCGAAAAGUGUAUGGCGAUCUCACGGAACAAGGAUAAAAUUGUGAUGGAGACGUGCAACGAUGGGGAGAAUAGGCAAAUGUGGAACAUGGAGAACUUCAACCCUGACAGACUUACGCCAGAGCUAAUAGCCGAGUAGCCAGAGGCCUAUGAUGAAGUUUUAUUCAUAUAAGAGCAAGGACUCGUUUGAAAUUUGACUGUGUGUUUAUAAAUCACUCGUUUUCGACUGCAAUGUGUGUUUUGCAAUUGUGUACAUGGACAAAUGGGAGAAACAUUAGGAUUUUUGCGAUUAAUCGAGGCCAUUUUAUUUAUAGAUAUUAAGGCUGUUGGUGUACAUUAUUUUAUACAUAUUGGAAUAUUUUAAAUUACCAGUUUGUGUAGGCAAACGUACUGAUAUAGCAACUGUAUAGUGUUCUCACUCGUUAACCCCGUCACAAUUUGGCCUAAAAUAUUUAGGGACUGACUUUCCUAAUUGCUUUAUUUUUGCAAAUAUUGUAUUUAGUUACAAUAUAUAUCUACUAUUUGUAGUGAAUGUUUAAUUAAUUGUUUAAAUUUUUAUUUUAAAAGUUAUUAAGUGUGUAAUUUAAUAUUACACGUUUAUGAAUUUUGAAUUAAAUAAAAAUUAUAGGUUUAACAAUAUGAAUAACUUUCUCAUAUUUUUUUUUGUACAAUUUUUCAAACUCUCCUGUGCAAUUUAUUGGACAAAGAACUUUACAAUCUUUUAAAUGUAUUCAAGUACUAUUUAAAACGGUUUUCUUAAACUGAUGUUUAUUAUCUAUUCUUAAUUAAUUGUAAUAGUAUUCUGUAUGAAGUAUUACUGAAUCAUUAGAUACUAGAAACAGUUUUUUGUACAUAUCUGUCUAAAUAUAUCAUUGAGAUAUUCCAACUAUAUUUACUGUAAUAACUAAGAAUUAUGUACAUGAGUGAUUACUUUAGUUAAUAUUUUCUUUUGUGAUUUAUUUAAAACAUAAUAGUCAUUCGACUUACAUGGUAGAAAAUUGUAACUUCUAAAUGUAAAGUAUAAAUAGAUAUAAUUAAAAAAAAAAUUCGCUCGAGUAAGUGUAUAUUUUUGUAUUAAUCGUUAUAUGAUUUGACGAAUUUAUAAUUUAUUUUAGUUUGUUUUUUUUUUCGUAAUUGUGUGUUAUAGAAACAUUGUAUUAUUUUUUAAUCUAAUGCGACUGAACUCUAGAUUAAUUCAUAAUUGAUUAUGUUGCUCGUUUAAAUUUAUAAUAUUAAUGUCUUUAAGAAUCAUUUUUAUAAUGUUAUCAUAAAUUACUUACUGAUUAAAGAACAUUAGUUAGCUUUCCUAAAUAGUUCUGAAUUUAACGUUAAAAUGUCAUAUCAUAAUAAUUCUACUAUUGAAAUCAAUAAUAUGUACUGGUAGAGUACGUUACAUGGCACAAGAAGCUGCUCUAAUUAUUUUUUUUUAUAUAAUUUGACGUUACUGCAUUAACGUUACUCAUUUCAAAUGGAAAUCUUUUAUUUUAAUCUUUUUAAAUAUUUAAUAAAUUGUUUAAACGUUUCAUAAUAACAUACAAUAGCUAAUUCCUACUCUAUUUUAUUCCAAUCUAUACAUUCCUAUUAUGUGAUUAAAAAUUCCUAUUAUGAGGUUUAUAAGUAGCUAGGGUAUGAAAUGCCAAUAUUUUUCCAAUAUAUUAAAUACAUGACAAAAUCUUUUUUAUGUUAUUUGGAGUUUAUUUAAUAAUUAAGAAUGUCCCAUAUUUAUAUACUCUAGUGGAGGUGUUGAAAUGUAAUUAUUAUGUUGUUUUUAAAUUUGAGGUUUUCAAGGGAUAUGAAUUUAAACAUAAACGUUUUAAACGAAAAAUUUUUAUUAUUAUAUUUGUGCUUGUUUAAUUAUUUUAAAUGUGUAUUGGUUUAGUUAAAUCUACUGCCAGUUAGUCUUCCUUUAAAGUUUCUUCAGGAAUGGCAACUCAUGAAGGGUAUCAUGGACAACACGGUAUACUAUGUUGUCUAUGGUACUGUUCACGUCUAUAGGUGAUGGUUACCACUUUAUCAGAUGGAUCGUCAUCUUGUUUGCCAUUCUAAGUUGUAUGAAAAAAGCUUUUAAUUUUAGUUUACUUCAAGUGAGCGUGUUCAAUGCUCAUGCUUUCUCAGAAAACUAGAACUUUCCAAAAAGUCGAAGGUUAUAGCAAUUGUGUUGGCAUGCCCACAACCUCCAUCAUACAACGGUAUAAACUUCUUGACGUAAAUAAAAUUUGGGAUUCGUAGCAUCAGCUUUUGUAUACAGGCUCAUGUUUUUAAUGAUUCUUGGAAUGAACGUUCUUGGUUGUUACCACAAAAGAUCUUGACUCUGAAAACUGAAUCCUACCGUAUCUAUUACAUCGAUAUGGACUACUGAAUAUAUAAAAAAAUAUUUUUUAUUACUUUAUUAUUCAGACUCAAAAUUGUUUCAAUAUUUCUAAUUAUAGAUAAAAUUCUCAAUUUGUCAUAAUUUUUCAAUCGCGGAUUAUGUUUUUAAAUACUUAUUGUUUAAUUUUUAUUUAUUAUUUUGCAUUUCAAGAAUCUAAUAAAAUAGCGGAAGUUUUGAAGCCUACUAUCCAUGGAGGUAUAGAUGCACAUUCGUCUGAGUAUGAUUGUUAUAUUUGCUGCUUCCAUAUAAUUGUACGAUGUUCUAUUGAUAGUGGUACAGUAUAGUAUUUAUAUCGUUUUAUAUGAGUUUUAUAAUACCUGUUUGUGUUUAAUGAUGAAAAUGGAAUGAUACCCGGUAUUAACCACAUUGUUUUCCAUAGGGGACCGCGUGGGGGUAAAUCUGGUAGAGUAUAUUGCAAGCAAUAAGGACAAACAUUAUUAUUAACAAUCCAUUCCUCCUCCUCUUUCCUAUAAUGACCCUUGUCCUGUUCAUUUAUAUAGUACCACGAAUAUCAUUUAUUAUAAAUAUAAACGUAGUGGAAAUUUCUGGAAAUAUUCAUUUGAAUUAUUCUUAUUCAUUAUUAUUUUUAUUUAUUUUUUUUUCUGUUUAGUGAAAAAAGUCUAUAUUUAUUUGUACUAAAACAGUAUUCUCGUACAUUGAGCAAGAAAUAUAAAUAACAGAAAUAAUGGUGAAAUAUAAAUGUACGAGAUAAUUACAAAUCAAAGAAAAUUUAUGACAUGCCGAGUUAGAUAAGGUUUAUAAUAUAUUUUGCAGUGUCGAUGGAACAAUGCUUCCCUGGAUAGUAAGCUUUGCUGAUGUUAGCGAAAUAAAAACUUUUAAGUACUCUCACGGGGUACAUAAAAUUCAUAAGAUACUGAAAAAUAAAAAAAAAUUAACGAGUACCUACAGACUUCUUAGGAAGUACCGAUAUAUUGACAUGAUUUUUUUAUAGUUAGUAGCAUACUAUAAUUUAUACUAUCUUUUACAAGAUUAGUUCACAAUAUUUAAAGUAACUACUCAGUUAAAGUGAAUAAAAUGUAAGUUAGCUUAUUACGUACAGUCAAUAAUUACAAAUAGCUAUUCACUUACUUUUGUUCAUUUUAUGCUUUAGGAUGCGUUUAUAAUUUUAUUAAUAGAAAAAAAAACUUCAUAGUUAUCAAAAGAGAUUUCUAAGUUUUGUUCCCUCUGUAUAUAAAAUAAAGGUAUCGGGCGUUCGUGUUUCAUAGUAAAUAAACUAAUUAUAAUUGCUCCAGACAUCGUACGUAUCAUGCUGACUAGUUCGAUAUAAUAUUUCCUGACGUUUCAGAUCCCUUUUUUUGCUACGCUUCAGAAUAUCGGGCCUCUUUAGUUCCUUCGUUAUUAAAAUGAUGUUCAAAUAGCUCGGUUUUAUAUAUUUUAUUUCCACGUAGUAGAUAAUUCUUAAAACAAUUGUCUCUUUCCACUUCGUUGGAAUAAAUUUUAUGUCGGAUUAAUUUAAAUUCGUUUAGUUUUUAUGAAUUUUAUUACGUACCAUGGUGAUGGUACGCAAUAAAAUUCGUGUAUAUAUGAUUGAGUACAAUCGAUGUAUUUUCCAUAUGUAAUUUGUCAUUAAUUUACAAAAUUAUAAUUUUUUUACAGUUAGAAUUUGUAUUAAUUUUUGCAAUCGUAUAUUGCAAUAGAAUAUUUCUCUUAAAAUCCCUCACAUUAUAUUUAUAUUUUCUUUCCGUAUUGAAAAUAUUCAAGUUAAAUUGUAAAUUUUUAUUUUGUUUAUUUGCCCCCUUUAGUACGAUAACGUCGAAAUCUUGGAGCAACGUUUAGUUAAAUGAUGAUUGUAUUCAUAAAUUAGAUUUAUUUAAUUAAUGAUACAUUAAAACCUGUAAAAUAGUAGUUCAUAUCUGUCUAGGUAGGAAGUUUAAAUGUGCCUUAUAUAUUUUUAGGUAACUAUUAUUAAAUGUUGAAUUUCUGUAUAUAACGCGAUGUCUCCAAUUGUAUUAUAAUAUAGAAUAGAAAUAUUAGAUGGCGAUAAAAUAGUAUUUGUAAAAUAAAGCAUUAUGUUGGAUUUGUACAA